AUGGUGCUCGUUCGUGGUGCUUAUGGUGGUGCUCGGCCCUGGUCUUGGUGUUGGUGUCAUGGUGCUAAUCGUGGUGCUUAUGGUGGUGCUGGUCCUAGUGAGUUCUCUAGCACUGUCAGAUUUGGCUGGAGAAGGGAGCCACGAUCAGUGUUGGUGGUGCUGGUCUUGGUGCGCUGUGGUGCCUGGUCCGGCCUUGGUGCUAGUGUCAUGGUGCCGAUCGUGGUGCUUAUGGUGGUGCUAGUCCUGGUCUUGGUGCCUGGUGCCAUGGUGCUCGGUCCUUAUCUUGGUGCUCGGUGCCAUGAUGCCGAUCGUGGUGCUUAUGGUGGUGCUGGUCCUGGUGAGUUCUCCGGCACUGGCCGGAUUUGGUCGGUGCAUGGUGUCACUGGUCAGCUGUUGGUGUCCCGGUCUUGGUGCUGGUGCCAUGGUGCUGAUCGUGGUGCUUAUUGUGGUGCUGGUCCUGGUCUUGGUGGUGGUGCCAUGGUGUUGAUCGUGGUUGUCGCCACAGUCAAAAUGAGGCGGUUGGAGCGACGCGAUGGUUUUUUUGCUUUUUUAUGGGUGGUUGUCCUUAGGUUGUCCGAUAACCGGGCUAACCUAGAGAUGAGGUUUUCGAAAAGUGUUCUUGGGUUGUCCGAUAACCGGGCUAACCCAAGAACGGGUUUUGAAGGGUUCGUGGAGUCGCCACCGAUGUUUUUACUGGAAACAUCGGAAAAGGAGUUUAAAAGGCGUCGAGACCGCCGUCUGGACAAUCCAGACCGCCGUCUCGACCAUGCAGGGGGUCGAGACAGCCGUCUCGACUUUUGCAGUGGCAAGACCGCCGUGAGGCGAGACGGCGGUCUGGUCUUCCCAGACAGCGGUCUCGUCCCUUCAAGGCGAGAAACCUUAUUUUUCGGGCCGAAAAACCCUCCUAUCUUAGUACGGGGGGGCCUAAUAGUCUCUCCUAGAGGCUUGUUAGGCUUCGGCCGUCUUCAAAUAGGAAGCUUUCUGGCUUUAUUUGGAGGUCGGGCAAGAUUUGGGGUCUACAGCUGCCCCCUUUACCCGACCGGCCGACCAUCGGCCUUUUGUGCCGAGGUGAUCGACCGGAGGGUAAAGGAGUUGACCCUCUUGUCCGGCUACCCUUCGCAUACUCCGUCUUUGCGUGCAGAUAAUCUUCCGGGGAAAUGUUGUGUUGUGCGCUUCUGGGAUGCUCCUUCGACGCGGUAG